CAACUUCAGCACCUUUUUAAUAAUCAGGGUUGGUUCAAUGAUCUCAAUGUUCAUAGUUUUUUAUUCGAUUUCGUCGAAGACGUAUCGGAAAAAAUACAAUGAUCGCUGCACUUUUUCAUAAUCACCUUUCCAAGCUUGUUCUUUCAACCAUCCUUUUGAUUCUUGCACCAGCCGAGGCUCAAGGAAAUGUCACCGUAGGCCGGUCUCUCUAUGCCGACGAUAGAAACCUCACUUGGCGAUCGCGUAAUCACGAAUUCGGCUUCGGGUUUCAUCCGAUUCCUGGUAAAAAGGACAAGUUUCUUCUUGCAAUCGGGUAUGCUCAGAUACCAGAAAGAACUAUAGUCUGGUAUGCUAAUCGAGAUAACCCAGAAACCGAUCGAGGAUCAACGGUGGAGUUCAUCGAGAGCGGUUAUCUUGUUCUUAGGGACCCUAAGGGCCGCGAGUUGUGGAGGUCUCGAAGCGUGACCGAUGGUUCUAAUGUGUCGCAUGCAGCCAUGCUCGACACCGGGAACUUUGUGAUUGUAAGCAGGAACUCGACCAACAUAUGGGAAAGCUUCAAAGAUCCAACUGAUACCAUCUUACCGAAUCAAGAAUUGGAUGUCGGUGGCAGCCUUUCAUCGUUAUCAGCUGAAACAAAUUACAGUAAGGGGAAAUAUCAACUUCGUUUCGAUGGUGGAUCUCUUGUGCUUAAUCAAAUAGAUAUGUUCACCGGAAAACCAUACGAAGGUUACAGUAAUCUUGGGACCGGUUCUCAUCUCGUCUUCAACGAGUCGGGGAGUAUCCAUAUCGGGAAUUCAAACGGUAGUCUAGUCGCCCUUGCACAAACACAAAGGCCGGAGUUAAACUACUACAGGGCAACACUUGACUUUUAUGGAGUUUUCACUCUCUAUUCUUAUCCGAAGACCCCAGGUGGUGGCGAAAGCUGGUCCGUGUUCAAGGCUUGGCCAACGGACUUAUGCAGUACAUUUCUCGACUUGGCAAAUCAACGAGGAAACAGAUUCGGAAUCGGUCCUUGCGGUUAUAACAGCAUUUGCGAACCGAACGAAUGGAGGCCUAAUUGUACAUGUCCCGCUGGAUUUUCUUUCUUGGAUGAGAAGAAUAAAUAUGGAGGCUGCAAACAAGAUUAUCCAAACAAUCCUGAAGAUUGCAGCCCUGAUGGAUCCACCAUCGGGGAAGAUCGGUUCGAAUUCAAGUCGAUUUCAUUCACUAAUUUUCCGUUCAGUGACUACGGAAUAUUUGUUCCUGCAACCGAGUUGGAAUGCAAGCAAUCUUGCCUACGUGACUGUUCUUGUGCAGUUGCCAUUUUUCCAACUUCAAGAAAAGAUGGCAAUGCAACUUGUUUUAAAAAGCAAUUACCACUUUUUAAUGGGGUGAGGAACAGAGGUACAGUUGAUAGUACAGUUCUAGUUAAGGUACUUAAGCCGGAUGCUUCGAGGAAGAAACCCGAAACACCGAAUCAAAGCAACGAUAAUCGAGAUCGACUCGUUUUGAUCCUCGGGGUUCUCUUAGGCACCUCUGCAGUUUUCAACUUCUUUUCUUUAGCUGCUAUUGCUCUGAUCUUCUUCUGUUUGUUCCGAAAAAGACUUCAAGACUUGCACGGUCUUCCUAGCAGGAGAGAUUUAGAGACUAAUCUGCAGUUUUUCACAUACAAAGAUCUCGAACACGCUACGAACGGGUUCAACGAAGAGAUAGGACGGGGUGCUUUCGGCACGGUUUAUAAAGGAGAAUCACCAUCGAGCUACGGAGAUCUCGUUGCAGUCAAGAAACUAGACAAGUUUGCACAGGAUGGCGAAAGGGAAUUCAAAACCGAAGUGAAGGUCAUUGGCCAAACUCACCACAAGAACUUGGUGAGACUGAUCGGAUAUUGUGAUGAAGCAGAGCAUAGACUUCUGGUGUACGAAUUCAUGGAAAACGGUUCGUUGUCGAGCUUCCUUUUCGGAGUCCUAAGGCCUAGUUGGCAACAAAGGCUGCAGAUUGCAUCAGGGAUUGCAAAGGGCCUCACAUACUUGCAUGAAGAAUGCAGCAAACAGAUCAUCCAUUGUGACAUAAAGCCUCAAAACAUACUACUGGAUGAGUCGUUCACCGCCAAAAUAUCUGAUUUCGGGUUGGCAAAGCUUCUGAUGAACAACAAAACCCAAACACAGACUGGCAUACGAGGGACAAAAGGCUAUGUAGCACCUGAAUGGUUCAGAAACACACCGGUUUCGGUCAAGGUCGAUGUUUACAGCUUCGGGGUGAUGUUGUUGGAGAUCAUAUGCUGCAGAAGAUGCGUCGAAGUCGAAAUGGAGGAAGCAGCGAUAUUAACAGAAUGGGCCUUCCAAUGUUACAGCGAAGGGAUGAUCAGAAAACUGGUCGAAAAUGAUGAAGAAGCUAUAAAUGAUGUCGGGAAAGUGGAGAUGUUGUUGAAAGUGGCGAUCUGGUGUGUUCAAGAGGAGCCAAUGUUAAGGCCUUCCAUGAGGAUUGUGACCAUGAUGCUUGAAGGUGCUGUCCAAGUUCCUAGUCCACCAUGCCCUUUCCUACUCAGUUCGAUGUCGAUGUUAGUGUCGAAAACGAUGAUUUAGUCUCGAUGUUGUUAUGAUCGGAUCGAAUAUAGAACCGAUUGAAUCUCUGUUUCCUAGUUCAAUCA